CUGCUCUGAAUAGGAAAAAGAACCUUUCCCCAGAACCCCAGUAGAGACUUGUUUCGCUCAAAAGACACGUUUUUCUUUUUUGUGCAAAUUGGAAAGCCUUUUCAAGAGGUUUUCUCUCUUUACCUAAGUCCACCCUCAUCGUAAAUAGUCAAUCGGUGAAAGCAGGACAUCGCGAUAAAAAGUCAAAAGCAAUCAGCAUUAGUAUUAUUUGUUAGUGGUAACAAAGAAUUCUAUAGUACUCUUGGUGCAAUCAGUAGAAUUGCAUUGCAAAUUUGCACAUAUCAAUUGACAUUGUUGGUUGUUAAAAAACGUUGUAGAGUUCUUGCCACAGUGCGUGACACAAAAGACGUCACUGUAAUUCACUGUAUAUUAUCAAAAUUAAUCGUCGCAGCAUAAAUCUAUUACAAAUCAUCUCACCGACUGCGUGAGGAAAACGUGGUUGCGAUUACUGCCUCCUUGUCUUUAUUAGGCAAGGAACAAUUACAAUCGUUUUUAUAACGAGCUGAAAUCCGGUUACCACACAUUUGAAUAAAAAAGAUACAUAUAAUAAUAACUUUAAAGAAAUAAGAAAAACCUGAGGAGAGAGGAGAAAAAGGACGCAAAGUCCGGUACCGUUGUCUACGGCAAGUCGCCGUCGUCACUCUUCACAUAUUCAGAAAAGCAACAAUUUCUGUAUUUUUUUCUUCUUGGUCGUAAACAUGGCACAGUUCUGAAUUCGAAAUAUGAAGCUGCCAACUCUCGUCGUUGACUGCCUUCCCGUGUGGAACGGGCAAACUUGCUCGAAAUUCCUCCCCCCAACAAGAACCAAUAACCUACCGAGUGAAACGAUACAUGACCGACGACCCCCAGCAUCAUUAUCCAUUGGCUGCUAUGGACAAGAAAAACUUUGCAGCACUUCUGCCCAACAAGGCCAAUCUGGACGGUGCUUCAUCCGCUAAUAAUAAUAAUUGUAGUAAAACUCCAAUUUCAAAUAAGCAAGAUGGAGUUGCUUUCCCUAAUGCCCGUGGAAAGCGUCGUGGUGGUGGUGGUGGGUGUGACCCGUCAUCCCUGCCAAAGUCAAACAGUGCGAAUUCUCUCUCGUCCCGAUGUGAACCUCCCAAUCGCAGAAACUCACCACAGAAAAGUAAAGGCUUGGACAAGAAACCUCGAGGUCGAGGGAGUGGCUUUGGAGGACCGAUGAUUGAUAAGCGAAACGGCCCCGAAGUGGGGUCCUUGCAGUCCCCUGGAGCAAAGAAACGUGACUGGGAUCACCUCUUCUAUUUUGCACCACGCGAGCGACGAUCUUCCCCAAACUGUGUGUGGAAAUCGCAUCAUGCUCAACGCGGUCGAAACGAUUCGGGAGGCGCAUCCUUAAAAAACAGAUUUUCUAAAGAGAAUUUCCUGAGGGCCAAUUGCCAAUUCUUGGUCAAGCAGUCUGAUAAAGAUUAUGCACCAUAUUUUGCUGAUCCAGACCUGUUGGUUGAUUGGAAUGAUGUUGAGCAGAUUGUUGUGACAAUGAUUGGUGAAGGAGCAAGCUGUCCAAUUUGCUUGGGGACACCCAGUGCCGCAAAGAUGACUCGCUGUGGUCAUAUUUACUGCUGGUCAUGUAUUCUUCAUUACUUGGCUUUAUCCGAUAAUGCUUCAAGGCCAUGUCCAAUUUGUUACGAAGCUAUUGCCAACAACGAUCUUAAGAGUGUUGUUGCUCACGUUCACUUCGAUCUUGAGCUCGGUGACAUAAUUGACAUGGAGCUACUUCGACGUCACAAAGACAUGCUAGCCGUUGCACCGUUGCACUCGCAUGAAGCAACCGAAGCAUGGAAUGAGUUGUAUGCAAAACUGGUCGUCAUUUCUUCUUCUGAUGUAAUGGAGAAAGUUGUUGAUCGGGAACUACGUGAACUGACGGCAUGCUAUGAUGAAGAUCCAGACUGCCCAGAAGUUUGCUUCAUUCACCAAGCAAUCGGUGAACUGUCAGAAAGAAAGAAAUCCCUAAUGGUGGCUAACAAUGCAAUGGUUGACAAGAACCCAGAUACUGCUAUUCCAAAUGAAGCACAGGGUACUGUUGAACAGCCUGGUCAAGUUUCAGAUAUCACUGUCUCACCUGAACACUGUGACUCUGAGAAGGAUGAAUAUUUCCACUUUUAUCAAGAUUCCAAGGGGCUCAACAUCUUCCUGCACCCAUUGAACUUUUCAAUGUUGGCAAAAGAAUUUGGCACAGAGAUGGAAUUUUGGCCAAGAUACUUGUCCCUACGCGUCAUUGACAAAGAAUACUAUUCGGCCAGUGAGGAAUCACGAAAACGUUGGAAAUUCUUGCGACACUUGCCACUUAGCACUCCAUUCACCGUCGUUGAAGUCGACCUCUCCGAAUUUGUCUCAGAGGAAGUCAUGACAGAAUUUGCGUCCCAGAUUGAUUAUCGUAAAACUAGACGAACGCAAAGGGCAAAGGAAGAAAAGAAAAUGGAAAAAAUUAUUGCUGAAAGGGAGAGGAAACUUUGGAAGAUUCCUGUCGUCCCCCACUUUGAACCAAAGUUGGAUUUUCCUGAAUUUUUGGAUUCCGCUACUUGCGCUCUGGAUCUUUCGGCUGAACGGCUGGAAACCUUCGACAUGGUGGAAUCACCACCUUUUGAAGGAAUUCGUACAACUAUCCCAACAUCUUUCGCAAUGAUGGCCAGCCGAGCUCCUGUGCAAAUGAAGAAAAGUCCCAGCUUUCCACUUGUUAAAUCAUCUGCAUUACCAGCCAAUCAUUACGGAUCUAUACCUCCUCGCCGCCACUCUGACGACAGCGAGCCCGAGUCAGAUCAUGUUGCCGUUCCAGAGUUCCGAGAAAGCAUGUCCGACGCUAUUACGAAAGCCUUGAUGGAGAUUGUGUUUGAUGAGAAGAACGAUAAGAGUGGGAACAGCAACGGCCAGCAGCAAAAAAAUAAGAAAAAGAAGAACAAAGGAAAAGUUCUAUUCACCACUGGGAUGGGAUCAUUCAACUAAAUAAAGUUUUCUAGAACUAUGAUUUCAACAUAUAUACUGCUACAAUUACUUUUCAAGCUAAAUAAGUACUAUUGGAAACUGCUAUUGUAAAAUGAUAAGUUAUUAUUAUCAUACGUAUUUACUUAAAUCACGACUCCACUAACUUUCCCAUGUUCAAUAUAAAAUGUUAAACAGUCCAGUAUGCAUGUAAACAAAGUCACCAAAAAUUGUAAUACAUAUUACAUAUAUAAUUUACACUGGUUUGUGUAUUUAUUAAAAUUGCAUGCAAAAGUGUA